UAGACGAGGAUCGGAAUCAAAGAGUUAAGAAAAGCGAAUCUUUGUGUUACUUAGACAACGAUGUACGGCGAGUGGACAUCGCGUAAAUAUCAGACUUAAUUAGAUCACAUGUGCGUCGUUAGUAAUAUACGUAAUGAAGUAACCUCAGUCGUAGACAUACGGAAAUGUUAUUUUAAGUGAUACGUCUUCUGGGUUGAAGCCGUGGAGUAUUUUACAUGUUUGCAAACGUUUCGGAUGAAUGUUCCUCCAGAACGUUGGCAACCAACUACAAGUUUAGUCACGUCACAACCCAAAAGACCACACCAUAGACAUUCACGUGAUGGAAACCUCAUAUCUCACAUUUUGACUCAAGUUUGUUCAUUAAAAUCGUGAUGGGACUAUUUCUACCGUCCGUAAAAUUAAAUAAUUUUGAUAAUAACGAUUAUUGACAAAAUAUACGGACAGGCAGUUUAUAGACACCCAGUGAUGACCAUACAUCCAUAACAACGUUGCGUGCAGUGGAUAGUUCUAACAGCCUUGUGUUAUAGAGACGUUUGUGACCCAGUCUAAAGGGUGGUUAUUCUGGAAUCAUUUCGAUUCACAUCCUUUCGAAAUCGCAAGCAUUAUCAUCGAAGCACCGACCUCGAAACUAACUGCAAAGUACGCCAGGCUUAUAAAUCGAAAGGGAACAAUUCGUUCCGCUACGUGGAAAUGUCUGCAAGAUUUAGAAUAACCCUCACAACGAGAAGUCUGUGCCGUCUGUGAGCAGCCAGCUUGCCAUUCCGUUCACAAUAUUUACUUGAAGCAUCAUUGCAUUUAUCAUUCUUCAGAAUCAUCAGAUGACGUCAGCUUCGUACAUGUGAUUCCGUGUGCUUGUGUUGGGAGGUUGUGAGAACAAGAAACACGGAACUGAUGCUUCCACGCCUCUAUUCAUCCUGUCCAAAAUAGAAUAUACAUGUAACAACAGGGCAGUUCAUUCACGGGGAUGAAUGUUGGUGUGACGAAGCCAUCAGAGUUCAUUGUAACCUUUGAGUGGAUCAGUGGGCGGGCCAGAUGGAAGCUAGUGAUGGAGCUGCCGAAAUACUAGUACAGCUGAUUUCUCCGGAGAAUCUGCCUGUCUGCGAGUGCCUUCAUGAUGAAGAACAGAGGGGACUGAGGUCCAGGAAGCUGUCGUCUGCCGAGGGACAGAAGUCGCUGUUACCGUUUCUUCGAUCCUGGCAACCUCCGUACUUCAUAUUCCUCGUCAGCAUCUUAGAGGUCGGAGUGUUCGUGUGGGGAGGUGAGGAGACGCAGAGGGCCCUCGUGUACGAUCCUUAUCACAGGGAACAGGUAUGGAGGUUCCUUACAUACAUGCUACUGCACUCGAACACUCUCCACCUGGCGCUCAACGUCGCCAUCCAAUGUCUUCUGGCGGUCCCUCUCGAACACGAACAAGGACACCUGAGGACCAGCCUCGUCUACCUCGGGGGUGUGCUUGGAGGGUCGCUUGGCACUUCAAUGCUGGAGCCUGAGCUUAAAGUGGUCGGCGCGUCUGGUGGAGUGUACGCACUGCUCAUUUCGCAGCUCGCCAACAUUUUGCUCAACUUCGGGGCCCUGCCAUACAAGCUCCAUCGAGCCGUAGUUGUUGCGGUGCUGGCAUUGGCGGACAUCGCCGCGUCGCUGUACCACUACUUCUUGCUGGGUAACGUCUGUCCCCGCAUCAGCUGGGCAGCGCACUCCAGCGGAGCUCUGGCAGGAUUCCUGCUUGGGCUGGUCCUGUUCAAGGGCUCCAAGAAACCGGGCCCUACGGCGGCCCACGAGGAGGAGGAGGACACCUUCGGCUGGACGCGAGUCGCCGUGUGGGUCGCAGCCACGAUGCUAGGAGCAGCAGUCUCCGCUGCGGUCAUCUGCAACGCGCUACUCACCCCAACGCAACAAACAACAGACUGAAGGAUAUCGCGUCUGUGGGGAAAGCAAUACACAGAAUCGCACUCGUAAGCUGACGACCGAGAGGUAACAAGAUUUAAAAUGUAAUAAGGAGGAACAUGGAAGAAGAAGAAGAAGAAAAGUCCUCUUUAUUUCAUGCAUGUAUUUGAUAUUAUAAUAGUUAAAUAAUAAAAAUGUAUAAGCAUUUUGCGGUUAAGGACGAACUCUUAGAUCUGACGCGGACACGAGUUUUCGUACUACGGUCAUUUUAAGCCAAUCAUGUUUUAGCAGUAAAAUAAGACGAUUAUUAUGAUGGAACAGUGAUACCUUAUGACGGAAGUAACGGAAGAAAAUGCCGCAUAAUUGUUUAUGCCGGACGUAAAAGCAACCGACAAUUCUUAGGUUGGUUAAUUCCCAAGAGCAGAGAUCAGAUUUAAAUAAAAAAUUUGGUUUUGGGCGUUUUAAAACUACGCAGAAGAUAACUGAUUACUCGACACAGCUGGUCACUAUUAAAAUAUAAAUUGGGUAAUAUCUCAGAUUUCGUUCACAGACCGUACGGUUCAAGUACUACUUGCUGGAUACAUUUCCGAGCUGGCGACAAAGUGGGGGAAAUUUAUUUGUAUUUGCCGUAAUAGAUUUGUGCUAGCUACGAAUAAAUUUCAGGACUGAAAAAAAAAAAAUCUGGAUUGGAGUACGCCUUUCUCGUCACGUUAUUUUAUAAUAAGGAUCGUGUCUGUAAAAAAAAAAUAAGAAGUAAAAGUUGUCAAGGUAAUUUUUUAAAAUCUUGACAAUAGCCUUGUAUUAACACACUGCCAACCUACAUAACAUAAACAUGAAAUAUUAUAAGGUUUAUAAUAGCAAUACCACCACCACCACCAAAAAUCUUUUGUAAUUUUCCACGACUGUUACAUUACAUCUUCCAUUAUACAUACGUGGUAGUUGCGUGUGAUGCGUAUGAAUCCGGUGACGUGCGACAGCCCACGAAAUCCAUAUACGUUGUACAUAGUUUCAUUAAAACCUCAGUGAUAAAGAUAAAGUUCGAUCCAAGCUCAUGCGGUCCAAAUCUUACAAGUUUGUAAUUAUUUAAAAUUUAAGAAAAAAUAUUAAUAUGUGAGCGAAGCAUACAAAAUUUUUCUCUAAAUUUUACAAUUCCAAACCUGCGAAGUGAACGUCACACGAAUUAAACAGAUUCAUCUGUAUCUAAGAUGACAGUCCCAGUUACGAGCAUCUUUCGUAAUUAAUUACCAUUUCUGUUCUGUGUUUACUUUGUGCUGUGGGGAGUGUAAAUCAGGCACCUCUAGUUAGAAACUUUCCGUUAGCGCUCGUCGUCGACCGUACAAAGUGAAGAACAGACUGAUUUACAGAUCCAGAAGAAUCCAGUAGACAUAGAAGUUACGUGAGCGACGGAGAAGUGUGAUUUGUGUUUGAUGAAACGUAGGAGUGAGAACGUGAUAAUACUGGAAAUACGGGAGACAUGAACGCUCUCCGACACACCUGGGCGCGGCGAUGUUAUCCUUCCAGAUUCAAUUUGAAAUAUGUAUUACUUUGAUAUGAUCUAUGAAUAACAGGACAUUUAAAAUUGACAUAAAAUUGAUAUUCGGCUAUCACGAAUUAAAAAAUAACUCUAGACCCGGAAACACCUUCAGUAGUCACAAAAAGAAAAUUUGUUUUGGCCGCACUUGUACGGAUUACAAAACUAAUACAGAAAUUGUAGGAGUUGAAAAUAGUUGCAGUAUUAGAAAUAAAAUAGAAAAUAAUAAAACAAAAAAUUGUUUGAACAUAUAGAUCGAAUGGCAAGAAGCGGGCUACCCAAAAUUUUAAGAAAUUACGUACCAAAAGUUAGAAGAAGAAGAAGUUGGAGAAGACCUCUGAAGAGGCUUUUGGAAAAGUGAAGCCGGAACAGGCCAACAAAUGGCAUUUUCCGGUACCCUUUUACGGGUCCCAAAGUUUUUUUGGUUGGCUCGAUCUAUGGACAUUCGGUAGGACUCCUUGGACGAGGGAUCGGCCCGUCGCAAGGCCACAUCGUUAUUUGUAUUUUCAAUUUAAAAUAAUUAAAAUAUGUUACGAUAAUAACCGCAUACAAUAGACGUGAUCUAAGCAGACGAGUUAUUGUUUAUAUUCAUCGACGCACGAAUAUAAAACUGAAUUGUGCUGAAGAUCUCGGUUUAAUAUAAAACAUUUCUGAACACGUUGAAAACGAUCUGCCAAUGUAUUUCAAUUGUAUGUCGCUUAAAGCGUAGUACUUAAAGUUCUUAAUAAAUUUGUUAUGAGUAACUUA